AUGGUUCAAUUAGCCAAAAUUCUGGCCAUUGCAGCCGCCUGCCUCGUCGCCCCCGUUGUCGCUCACCCCGGCGAGAAGCACGACCCGCAUGUCCUGAAGCGCGAGCUCCAUCUUCGCGAUGCCAUGGCUGCCGCUGGCAAGCGAUCGCUGGGUGGUUGCCAGAGUACCCUGCACGCGCGUGAGCUGGCCAAGCGCAACGUUGCCCGUCGUUCGCACACCGUUCAAAAGUUGCGCCAAAAGCGCGGCAUCACCUCUACACCCCAGAAGUAUCGCCGCAACCUAGCCGCCCUGGAGAAGUGGGAAGCAAUCGACCACAAUCGAACCGACGCUUACCAGCACGGCCUGAUCAACCAGGAAUCCAUCUUCGGCGCCAACACCUCGUGCAUUCUGACACCCACCGUCACCGACGGCCCCUACUACGUCUGGGGCGAAAUCGUCCGCGAAAACGUGAAGGAGGAAGAGUACUCUGACGGCAUCGACGUCCACCUGGAAGUGCAGUACAUCGACAUCAACACUUGUCGCCCGGUCCCCGGUGCUCUGGUCGAUAUCUGGCAAGCCAAUGCCACAGGUGUGUACAGCGGUAUCUCGACCAGCGGUAACUAUGCCGCCGAUGGCUACAACAGCACCUACCUGCGCGGUAUCCAGCAGACCAACCAAGAGGGUGUGGUCAACUUCGACAGCAUCUUCCCGGGACACUAUGACGGCCGCGCCACGCACACCCACCUGCUCACCCAUCUGAAUGCGACCAUGUUCCCCAAUAAGACUCUGGAGGUGGGAACCGGUAGCGUCGCUCACAUCGGCCAACUGUUCUGGAACGAGGUCCUCCGCACUGCUGUCGAGGAGACAUACCCGUAUACCAGCAACGAGCAAGCCGUCACCACCAAUGCCGAGGACAUGUGGAGUGUCCUUCAGGCGGAUGCUUCCUACGACCCUUUCCCCGAAUACAUGUACCUGGGCGAUAACCUCGACGAUGGUCUUUUCGCGUGGAUCCAGAUUGGUAUCAACUCGACUGCCGAUUACACCGAUAACUCGUACUACAGCAUUGCGGCCUACUACGAUGCUAAUGGCGGUCACGAGAAUGAGGACAGCGGGUUUGUGGGUGGUGGUGGUGGUAGCGGUGGUGGUAGUGCUCCCAGUGGAUCGAUGUCUGGCAUGCCAUCAUCAUCUGCCACUGCGUCUGCUUCCUCAUAA